AUGGCUACCCUUACACCAUUUCUGUGUGGUAUCUAUCUAUCUAUCUAUCUAUCUAUCUAUCUAUCUAUCUAUCUAUCUUAUUCUGACUAUAUAUUUUCUGCUCGUAUCUAUCUCACCUUGUUCCUAUCUAUCUAUCUAUCUAUCUAUCUAUCUAUCUAUCUAUCUAUCUAUCUUAGUCGGCUCGUAUAUAACUCAUCUUCCUCCUAUCUAUCUAUCUAUCUAUCUAUCUAUCUAUCUAUCUAUCUAUCUAUGUCUGUCCAUAUCUAUCUAUCUAUCUAUCUAUCUAUCUAUCUAUCUAUGUCUGUCCAUAUCUAUCUAUCUAUCUAUCUAUCUAUCUAUCUAUCUAUCCUAGUCUGCUCCUAUCUAUCUCAGAUGAUUCAUCUAUCUAUCUAUCUAUCUAUCUAUCUAUCUAUCUAUCUAUCUAUCACCCUUUUAAAACGCAUUACGUUUUCUUUCUUUCAUUCAUUCUUUCUUUCUUUUCAUGAUUUUAAGUUAAUAAUAUUUACAUUUUAUGUUGAUUAUGUAUGGGACAGUAUAUUAUCUAUCUAUCUAUCUAUCUAUCUAUCUAUCUAUCUAUCUAUCUAUCUUGGCCUCUUCAUAUCUAUCUACUUAUCUUCUGUUCAUAUCUAUCUAUCUAUCUAUCUAUCUAUCUAUCUAUCUAUCUAUCUAUCUAUCUCCUGUUCAUAUCUAUCUCUCUAUCAACACAUAUCUCGCCUGAUAUCUAUCUACCUCUGUCUUAAUAAUUUCAUAUCUAUCUAUCUAUCGAUCUAUCUAUCUAUCUAUCUGACCCUAUUCAUAUCUAUCUAUCUAUCUGACCCCAUUCAUAUCUAUCUAUCUAUCUAUCUAUCUAUCUAUCUAUCUAUCUAUCUAUCUAUCUAUCUAUCUAUCUAUCUGAUAGAUACAUACAGAAUAUAUAUCUUUUUAUUUAUUUAUCUGUCUAUCUAUCUAUGUUUUCAUAUCAAUGUUGGUUUUCAUAUCUAUCUAUCUAUCUAUCUAUCUAUCUAUGUUCUCAUAUCUAUGUCGGUUUUCAUAUCUAUCUAUCUAUCUAUCUAUCUAUCUAUCUAUCUAUCUAUCUAUCUAUCUAAGUCGGUUUUCAUAUCUAUCUAUCUAUCUAUCUAUCUAUCUAUCUAUCUAUCUAUCUAUCUAUGUUCUCAUAUCUAUGUCGGUUUUCAUAUCUAUCUAUCUAUCUAUCUAAGUCGGUUUCAUAUCUAUCUAUCUAUCUAUCUAUCUAUCUAUCUAUCUAUCUAUCUAUCUAGCAAUAUUUAUCUCCUUCACGCUAUUGGUCUAUAA